AUGGAUUCCCUAAUGACGAACCCGUUGUGGCUCACCAUUGCCUAUGAGCUAGCACUUUACCUAUCUUUUACUGUGCCAACCGCCUUUCUCAUCAUAGCAACUCAAAGGUCAUCCGCUGUUCGAUGGGCCUGGGCGCCAUGCCUUCUUUAUAUCCUAUACCGAUUCUCUCUUCGGGUACCCUCUCUGUCGACGAGUCAAUUCCUGAAAGGUGUUGCAGCGGGCCAGGCAACUGUGGCUGCUCUGCAAUGCCUCAAUCUUCUCCUGAUCACGAAUUUAGACCAAACUGAUCUGCUACGGGCAAAUCUGUACGGUCCGUCUGCAGGUCUGCCUGCUCGUCUUUCUCGUGCCUGGGCAUUGCUGCUCAACUUCCGUGGAAUCGGCACGAUCUGGGAGGUCAGGAAUAUUCCCCAGCACGCAGCUUAUGUCCAACCAAAAGGUAAGAAUCAACCGCUAAGCCGGAAGCGGUAUGUCUUGCGGGAAAGUGCCAUCAUCAUAUGGCAGUACCUGCUCCUUGACUUCAUCUACGAGUCGACCAAAGGCACGUCCCCCGAGGACUUGGCGCGGCUCUUCGGCCCCGGCUUGGAAUUCAAGUACCUCGACGCAACGUUCGAACAAUGGAUGGGGCGCCUCUCCGUGGGGAUCUUCUCCUGGCUUGUACCUUCCCGCGUCUGUCUUAACAUUACUUCCCGCAUUUACUUCCUCAUCUUGGUGGUCUUGGGCAUUUCUUCUCCAGAGUCUUGUCGACCAGGCUUCGGCAGAUUGCGGGAUGUAUGCACCAUCCGUGGAGUCUGGGGCAAGUUCUGGCAUCAGUCCUUUCGUUGGCCACUUACCUCUGUCGGCAACUAUAUCGCAAGAGACAUCCUCGGGCUUCUCCGUCCCUCGCUCUUGGAACGCUACACCAACAUCUUCUUCACCUUUUUCACAUCCGGCGUAUUGCACCUUGUCUGCGAUGCUAUUCUGGGCAUUCCGCCGUCUAUGUCCGGCGCCAUGCAGUUCUUCUGCUCGUUUCCACUUGCUAUCAUGAUCGAGGACGGGGUUCAGGAAGUUUGGCGAAGAGCCACGGGCCAGAAAAAGGACGAUGAUCGUGUAGUGCCGCUCUGGCAGAGGCUCCUAGGAUAUCUUUGGGUGGGUGUCUGGAUGUGUGUCACAUCCCCGUGGUACUUGUACCCGGCUGCGCGGCAACAGGCGGAGAACAACUGGAUAGUGCCGACCGGUGUUGUAGAGGAAAUUGGCCUGGGAGCUGCGCAAAAACUUCUGCUGGGUUAUGGCCUGUUCGUGUACUGGGCGGUUGGUGGGGAGAUUUAA